CGGCGUCCGCGCAGGAUGCCCCGCCGAGGCUGCGAGGCGGCGAGCAGGCGGAGACACCCGAGCGACAGCCUCAGCUGGCGGCAGGACCAGGCUCUGGGCAGCAGCGUCUACCUCCUGCGGGAGAUCGGCCCCACCGGCUUCCUGCUGAGGGAGGAAGAGCCGGAGAUCGGGGAUUUCCGCGUCUUCCUAGGAAACCCGCAUGUUUGCAACUGCUCCACAUUUCUGAAAGGAGGGGAACUCUGCAAGCACAUAUGCUGGAUCUUGUUGAAAAAAUUCAGGCUUCCAAGGAAUCAUGAAUCGGCUUUCCAGCUAGGUCUUACAGAAGGAGCCAUCAACGACUUGCUGCGGGGGAUUCAUAGAGUGCAGACGCCACAGCCAGGAAGGCAGGAUGACAGCGCGUGCGGCGAAGGAGAGGGCUGCGUGCCGCAGAAGGAGGUGGGUCCCGAGGACAUCUGCUCCAUCUGCCAAGAGGAGCUUCUGGAGAAGAGGCUGCCCGUGACCUUCUGCAGAUUUGGCUGUGGCAAUAAUGUUCAUAUAAAAUGCAUGAAGAUCUUGGCUAACUACCAGAAUAUGACCUCAAGCUCUUCCAUGGUGAAAUGUCCUCUGUGCAGGAAAGAGUUUGCACCAUUAAAAGUUAUCUUGGAAGAAUUCAAAAAUUCUAGCAAACUUAUGGCCACCACUGAGAAAGAGCGGCUGGACAAACACCUUGGAAUUCACUGUAAUCACUGUCAGCAGUUUCCGAUAAAGGGCAAGUGUUAUAAGUGCACAGAAUGCACAGAAUUCCACCUGUGCCAGCAGUGCUUCGAGAGCGCGUGCCACGCUCCGCAUACGUUUGCCUUUCGCGAGAAAAGAAAUCAAAGAUGGACAUCACUAGAAACGGAAUCCCAUGAAGAUAUAAAAUAUUUAGAUAUUAAAAGUAAGAUAGAAGAAAAGCUGCCAUAUUAUCAAGAAAAGCAAGGCCAGGUGUGCACACCAAGACACGUCGUGAAGUCCCUGCCGCUCUUGCUGGUUACGAAGAACAGUAAGCUGCUCGCGCCUGGUUGCCAGUGUCGGCUUUGUCUGAAGUCAUUUCGUCUCGGGCAACACGCAAGACUGCUGCCGUGCUCCCACAAGUUUCACAGAAAAUGCAUUGACGAUUGGUUGUCCCACAAGUGCAACUCGUGCCCUAUCGAUGGGUUGGUCAUUCAAAGCCCCGUGAUGUGGAAAAGUGCAGCCAUGGCUGGACAAGCAUGCAAGCCAGCUUGCAGCAUGGACGUCACUCAUCUGUCAAAGCAGGAAGAACUGAAUCUCCUUAUUCCUGGCACUGGAUUAAUUUUAAAACAAAAUAGACCUGGAAUGUUACCGAGCAUUCCUCAGAGUAGUUCUGAAAAGCUGAAUACGCUUCACAGUCCAACAAAUACUUAUCAGGAUAUAACUAUAGAUGAUCUAUGCUCUGUCAAAUUAGAUGAUUCGAAUUCAAGAAAAUUACUCUAUGAAUCCAAAAUUAGCCAGCAUUUCCCCAGGUAUCUUCAGGAUUUGCCCGCUGGACCGCUUGGGAAAAUACCACCUCAAACAUUUCUUCCUUCCAUUGCUCAUAAAAACACGAGUUGUCUUAAUGAAACACAAAGCCCAUAUGAUCAAAAACACCAGAGUGCUCUGGGUCCAAAGGUGAUCAAAGGCUUUCAGCCCGCAAACCAUAACAGAAGGCGGAAUCGCAGCACAAAACUGAGAGAAGAUGAUAGGAGAGCCACUAUUUUACAUCCAGAGGAUUUAAGUCUUGUUGUUAAUGGGAAUCCAACUAAUCUCAGUGUGUUUAAACGGAGAAAUAAUUAUAAGGGGAAAAUUAGACCCAAGGGUAGCCAUCUAGCAAGACAACCUGUAUGUUAUUCUUCAAAUACAGAAAGUACAACACUAUCUUUAAUAAUGGAAGGGGUUCAAUUGUGAAAAGUAUUUUUGGU